UGGUGGUUCGAAAAAACCCAGAAACAAAUUUUCCCUCAGUACGAAUACGAAAGAGCAACGAGUGCGAACGUCAAUUUCUUUUCGGUUUAAACGCUGACACAGUUGUUGGUGGCGAAUUUUUAUAAUUGGCCAACGGUGGAUGUUAAAUUUCUGAUAAAAAAAAUAAAAAUAAAUUCUACAACAACGAAUUUCCAUUGCAAAAAAAGCUGUUCGAUUUGACAAACUACUGCGGGUUUAGUUGAGCGUGACGUGAGUUGAUUGUUCACCUCCAAAGAAGUGGUACACAACGCGAAACUUUUGCCGGAUAUUUAGCGAAACGUGCAGAGACUGCAGUGAAACAACCAAGCAGGGGUUUGAUUGUAACUCAAUCCCCAACAAUUGAUCAUUUUAAAAAGAGAGCCAAGCAGAGCAGAGCAGAGAGAGAGAGUAGAUUUUGCCGCUAAUUGUUUACAAAAUGAAUAACGGAUUUGGAUACAGCAACCCCUCGGGGUCAGUAAAGAACUUUAGUUGUUUGCGCACCAUUACCUAUUGGGCUGGAUUUUUUGGAUUGUUCCAAUCCCUGCUCUUCAUUGGCCUGACAAUUACGGGAAUUCUGUCGUAUAAUUGUGUCAUAAAUGUCAAUGGUACCUUCAAUUAUGCUUCCGUUGUACCGACAAUUUUCAUGGCUCUUUACUUCAAAUCGACCUGUACUCCCGAUGCAUUCCCAGCCUAUCAGAGUGAAUUCAUCAAAACAAAAACCAUUUUGGAUCCUACCGAUAUUCUCAUCUGGGAUUGUGUGUAUUUGGGUGUUGCUGUGUGUUGGUUAAUCGCUUCGGGAUUGAUUUUAAUGUAUGUUACCAAGGAUAAUCGAAAAAACACACUUGGCGUUCUCUUGACCUGGGUCAUAAUCACCCUGAUGAUAUGUUGUAUGGACUUUGUUUUGGGUGUUAUCUUUGGCGUAGACUAUGGACGUUUCCGGGCAGAGGCUGCCGAUUAUAAUCUUAGCUCGGCUUAUGCUGGUGAGAUACAACCACAAGCUGCCCAGGUUCUGGCCGCCACAAUUGCUGCCAUCUCAAUGAUGUUGCUGACAUUCAAGGGCUUCGUUUUGUGGAUAAUAAAUGUCGGCUUUGCCGUUUAUCUGUUGGUGCAAAGCAUAUUUAUUAUGCGAGAUAACGAUGGCACGGCUAACCUCUUCAUGCCACGCAAGGAUUCCGAUGACAUUUUGGCCACACGUCCUCCCAUCAAUGCCUAUCAAGAAGAAAAAACUGAAGUUAUGGCCACUGUCUUUACCAACGAAGCCUUUGUACCGGACAAUAAUACACCAUCCGAAGACUUUAACAUUAAUCAGGAUGUAAUUAGCCGUGCUGCCCGCCUCUCCAAGGAUGUCUCGUUCCAAGAAAGACGUUUCCGUAAUUUGGAAAAUUUCCAACAAUAUCCGCCACGUUCCAGGCCCGAAUCGACCAUACCCGAAAAGGGUGAGGCACAAAUUGUGGUUGGAGCCUUCCCCGCACCCGACUACACGCCGCCCAUGCAAAGGGCUGCUCAAAAUCGCAACAACUAUUAUCAGUGAUGAGAGAUAGAUUUGUUGGUCGGAAAUAGAGUUUAUUUUUAGUUGUUUUGUGCGUUUUUUUUUUUCGUUUGUUUCAGUUGUUCUGUUUGCCUUUUUUCCAUUGUAUUACACUCCCUACAAAACCCUCCCCGCUCUUCGCAUGCAUAUAUAACUUGUUUUGUUUUUAAGUGUAAAAUAUUAAUAAUAAUAUAAAAUAAAAGAAAACAAAAAAAAAAA